AUGCUCCGAGGUCGCCACGCUGUCGCCGCUCUGCGGGCGGCCGCCCAACCCGCAACAUCACGAUCUUUUACUUCCUCCGCAGCUGUAGCGGCUGUAUCUCCUCCCAGGAAACCGGCUACCGGUGUCAGGAGACAGACCACUGCUGCUUCCAACUCUCCUACUGCCCGACCUGUUCCCAGCCCUUCGUUCAACCCCGAGACGAAAAGUACGAGCCAUGUUCAACCCCUUAGCAAUGCUCGGCCGACCGAGAUGGACGAGUCCUUUAUUGGAAAGACUGGUGGUGAAAUCUUCCACGAGAUGAUGUUGAGGCAUGGAGUGAAGCAUAUUUUUGGAUACCCCGGCGGCGCUAUUCUCCCCGUUUUCGAUGCCAUCUACAACUCGAAACACUUCGACUUCAUCUUGCCCAAGCAUGAGCAGGGUGCCGGUCACAUGGCCGAGGGAUACGCUAGGGCUAGUGGAAAGCCUGGUGUUGUGCUCGUUACCUCCGGCCCUGGUGCUACCAACGUCAUCACCCCCAUGCAGGAUGCCUACUCUGACGGCACCCCAUGGUUGUCUUCUGCGGACAGGUCGUUACCACGGCUAUUGGCAGCGUUCGAGAUUGCCACCUCGGGCCGCCCCGGCCCCGUCCUCGUUGAUCUUCCCAAGGAUGUCACCGCCGGUGUUCUCAGGAGGGCUAUCCCCACCGAGUCGUCCAUCCCCUCCCUCAGCGCCGCCUCCAAGGCCGCCCUGGAACUGAGCCGCCAGCAGCUCACCUCCUCGAUCCAGCGCGUGGCCGAUCUCGUCAACCAGGCCAAGCAGCCCGUCAUCUAUGCCGGACAGGGUAUGAUCCUCUCUGAGGGUGGACCCGAGAUCCUCCGCGAACUCGCGGAGAAAGCUUACCUCCCCGUCACUACCACCCUUCAGGGCCUCGGCGCCUUUGACGAGCUUGACCCCAAGUCUCUGCACAUGCUUGGCAUGCACGGCUCUGCCUACGCCAACAUGGCGAUGCAGGAGGCCGAUCUCAUCAUUGCCCUCGGUGCCCGUUUCGAUGACCGUGUCACUCUCAACAUUUCAAGUUCGCUCCCGGUGCCCGCGCCGCCGCUGCCGAGGGCCGCGGUGCUCCUUCCGCUCCUAGACAUGAAGUCGCGUGAGGACCGCAAUGAGUGGUUCACCAAGAUUGAUAGCUGGAAGCAAAAGUGGCCUCUCUCGGACUACGAGCGUGCCGAGCGUGCCGGGCUCAUCAAGCCGCAGACCCUCAUUGAGGAGCUCAGCAACCUCACCGCGGACAGGAAGGACACGACGUUCAUCUCCACCGGUGUCGGUCAGCACCAAAUGUGGACUGCGCAGCACUUCCGCUGGAGGCACCCCAGGACGAUGAUCACUUCUGGUGGUCUCGGUACCAUGGGCUACGGUCUCCCCGCCGCCAUCGGCGCCAAGGUCGCGAGGCCGGAUGCCCUCGUCAUCGACAUUGAUGGCGACGCAUCGUUCAACAUGACCCUUACCGAGCUCUCGACGGCGGCGCAGUUCAACAUUGGCGUCAAGGUGAUUGUCUUGAACAACGAGGAGCAGGGUAUGGUGACGCAGUGGCAGAACCUCUUCUACGAGGAUCGCUACGCGCACACGCACCAGAAGAACCCCGACUUCAUGAAGCUCGCGGACGCCAUGGGUGUUCAGCACAGGCGCGUGUCGAAGCCGGACGAGGUUGUGGAUAGCCUCAAGUGGCUCAUCAACACCGACGGUCCCGCUCUCUUGGAAGUGAUUACGGAUAAGAAGGUGCCCGUGCUGCCCAUGGUCCCUACCGGCCAUGGUCUUCACGAGUUCCUCACCUGGGAUGGUGAGAAGGAUAGGAAGCGUCGUGAAUUGAUGAGGGAGCGAACCUGUGGUCUCCACGGUUAA